ACACAGAGAGCGUCAUGCCGUCAUACAGACGUAGAGUGACGUUCUACACAUCAGUCUCUCACUGGAUGUUUAUUGUUUGAGGCAGGGCUGCAGUCAACACAGCAGGCAGAAUGUUACGGCUUCGCUGUAAAACUAAAAAUGGGAGCCACAUAAUGCAGGGCUUAACUCAUCAGUCCUGUGUGCAAGAGCUGAAGAGGAAGGUGGAGGAGCUGACUGGUAUCCCCUGUGACGUGCAGAAAAUUAUGGUUGGUUAUCCGCCCUCCAGCCUUGAUCUUCAAAAUGGAGAUGCUCACCUCAAGGACUAUCCCAUCAAAUCAGGAGACACACUUAUUGUUGAGGAAGAAAAAAACAAACCAAAGCCUCAGAAUCAUCCCACUGUGACUAAAACGCCACGCCUGGAAGCCUCACCUGUGCUGGCACGUCGAGUGGUCCCAGCUGACAACUCCUGCCUCUUCACCAGUGUGUAUUAUGUGGUGGAAGGUGGUGUAUAUGACCCUGCUUGCGCCCCUGAGAUGCGAGGCCUCAUCGCCCAGAUUGUGUCAAGUGACCCCGCAGCUUACUCUGAAGCAGUGCUGGGAAAAACCAACGAAGAGUAUUGCACUUGGAUAAGACGUGACGACACCUGGGGAGGAGCCAUCGAGGUGUCUAUCCUGUCCAAGUUUUACCAGUGUGAGAUCUGUGUGGUGGACACUCAGACAGUCCGAGUGGAUCGAUUUGGGGAGGAUGCUGGCUACCACAAACGUGUGCUGCUCAUCUACGACGGCAUCCACUAUGACCCACUGCAGAAAGAAAUACCCGGCUCUGACGCACCGCCCCAGACUAUCUUCUCCACCACAGAUGAUGUAAUUCUGGCCCUGGCCCUCGAGCUGGCAGACGAGGCUCGCCGCAAGCGGCAGUUCACAGACGUUAACCGCUUUGCGUUGCGCUGCAUGGUGUGCCAGACAGGCCUGGUGGGACAAAAGGAAGCUCGUGAGCAUGCCAAGGAAACAGGCCAUACCAAUUUUGGCGAAGUGUGAACGUUAUUGUCUUUUCUCCCUCUCACAAAUACAACUACCACCAACCCCGUGCCCCACGUUUGGCAACUGUUGGUCUAUUUGUCAAUCUGCUUGUGUGAUCCUCUACCUCACAUUGUCCAGCGACAUCUAUGGAGAAUCUGCAGACACUGUGUUCAGCCUCUAACCAGUUCAGUAUUACAUUUUAACUGCUGUCAGUUCUCAAAGUCAGAAACGCUACUGCAGUGCUCCGAUGUCAUUAAACCAUCAUUUUAUUCUGUUUAGGGAUGGUUUCAAAUUUGUUUAACUGGGUCAAGUAAAAUAUGCAAACUAUUCUUAGGAUUUGUUUUAAUCUGUUUAGAUUACUUGAUGGCUGGGUUAUCUUGAUAACAAACCAAAUAGUGGCUGGUGUAUUGUCAAUAAGAAAAUGUGCCAAAUUGUCAAUACUUACCUGUGACUGACUAAACUUAUGUGAUAAAACCCCGCUAUCUGGCUCUAGACAGAACUUAAAACAACCACUACGAAUUAUUUGCACUAUGAUGCGAUUCUAUUCACUGUUGUCUUAAGCGCAGCACACAAAGUUUGACUGUUAUUCAUGAUGUUGGUUAUGUAGCAUGUUUUUUAUUUCCCUCGUUGACAAAUGUAUGUCAGAGAGAGAACUCUUCCAAUACUAGAAACUGAUAAUUUGGUUAAUUUUAGAUGUCUGAAUUGUUCAGCACAGUUGCUAAACUGGAUUCAUCUUUAUACAAAUGUGCUUUUUGUGACAUCUUUCACUUUACUGAGCAGUGGCCAUUGAGAUUGAGGUUAUGCAUUUUUAAAUACAAUAUCAUAUUGCAAAUUGUGAUCCAAAAUGUUGCUUAAUUACUUAUGUGGGACUUUUUUUUUAUGUUGCAACAUGGUUUAUCAGUGAGCUUAUUUUAAAGUAGAAAAAAAAAAAAAUCUUAGUUUUUCUUCAUGGGUACGACUAUUUCAGGGGUAUAAUUUUCAAAUGUCGUCAUGCUGUAAGACCUUUUUUUUUUUAAAUAUAUAUAUAUAUAUAUUGGUGAAUAUUUUGAAAAACACUAAGCGUGAUGAGAGUUGUUUGAGCAUUGUAUUUUAGAACACAAAUCAUGGUGAUAAGGUAGUGUAUUGACUAGAAAUCUGAAACAAGUGAGUGUAAGACAUGCUGUAUGAGAGAAAUCCUGCUCACUUUAUGCAUUUACUGAUCAGGUACAGUCCAUACAUUAUGUGCUUUGCUAAUCAGUAUUAACCAUUUACCUUUGCAAUUUAAAUUUUUUAUCCCAAGAGUAACUCUAGUCAGGUUGUUUGCGAACUAUGAAUCAAGGUCCAUUAUGGUUUAAUAUGUAGUGCAUGUUGUCCAAAAAAACACUGUCAGGCAUCAUCUAUUUGCUUAUUCUCUUUGAAUGAGGAUGAAGCAUGCACUCAUGUUAAACCACAGCUCAAAAAUGUUACAUUGAAGGGGGCCAUGAAGAUAUCUGUGGGAUUAGUUUUUUCCUUGAAACCCAAUUUAUUGUGGCCUCAUGUUGUGCAGAACCAGUAUUUCUACUUCACAUAUCUGUGACUUGAUUGGGGCUUUCUUUCAGAAUUUUUCUUGGUUCAGACUCAGAUGGUGUUGGGAAUAAACAAAAGUCAAUGGCAAAGGCAAUUAUCUCCCCCUCCCCCAUCUGUUACCUUAGGUAGUUUAUUUUAACAGCGAUUAUGGAUUAAUCCGCUUGUAUAAAAAUGAAACUAUGAAAUGGCUUUGUUGUAUUUUGUAUUUACCAAGUUCUCAUGACUCUUCAAGGACAAUAACAAUGAAUGUUGCACACAAAGCACUACAGAAUAACUGGAUUUACUUGAUUUUUUUCAGUGUUGUGUCACAAUUAAAGGUUAUAGCUGAC